GCCAACCUUCUCGAUGAUCCGUGCUUCUCCGCUCUUCCUUCUUGGUUUGUCAAAAAACUUACUCUCAGGAAGCAUCCCUCCAUCAAUGGGAAACCUCUCCUCACUCCAGUAUCUUUACCUUGCUGAAAACAACUUGGAGGGAAGUAUUCCAGAAAGCUUAGGCAAGAUUCCGGGCUUAGAAGUGAUCGACCUAUCCAUAAACAACUUGUCCGGAAGAAUGCCACCACCACUUUACAACCUCUCGUCACUCGCUUAUUUGGGUGUGGGCGGGAACCGGCUCUUCGGGACCCUUCCACCAGACUUAGGCGUCACGCUUCCAAACCUUCAAUCUCUGGUCAUGCAAUCCAACCUAUUUCAUGGGCCUAUCCCAGCUUCAUUAUACAAUGCUUCAAAGAUUCAAAUGCUCGAUCUAGCCAUGAACUCGUUCAAAGGGUUACUGUCCCCCAGUGUAGGAUCCCUGAAAAAUCUAGUCGAGCUAAAUCUUGGGAGCAAUCAGCUCCAAGCCAACGUUCGGAGCGUCCUCUAUUCUUUGACCAAUUGCACCCUUCUAGAGAGGUUGUAUCUCCAACACAAUAAGCUUGAGGGCACCCUCCAGGUGUCAAUAGGCAAUCUCUCCACAAAGCUUGAGAACUUGUUGAUAGGAGGUAACCAAAUAUCUGGAACCGUCCCACUUGAGAUUGGGAAACUUGUCAGCCUUACCGUUUUGUUUAUGAAUAAAAAUCUUUUUACAGGUAGUGUCCCUCCUACCAUCGGAAGGCUUCAGAACUUAAUUCAACUAGACAUAUCUGGAAACAAAUUUUCAGGCCCCAUCCCAUCUUCUAUAGGAAAUCUCACCCAAUUAAAUGAGCUUUACAUGCAAGACAACGAACUGAGCAGCAAUAUCCCUGCAAGCGCCGGAGAAUGUAGAAAUUUGAAUAUAUUAAACCUUUCGAAUAAUGCACUUGUUGGACCCAUACCAAAGGAACUUGUUGCUCUCUCCUCACUAGCACGAGCCCUGGAUCUAUCGUAUAAUAAUCUCUCUGGGCCAAUUCCCAUGGAAGUGGGUAGCUUGAUCAACCUCGACUGUUUAAAUGUCUCCAAUAACCGGUUGUCAGGCGAAAUUCCUAGCAUUCUCGGUGCUUGUCAGCAUUUGGAAUACCUCCACUUGGAAGGCAACUUCUUUCGUGGAAGCAUUCCACAAUCCUUCAUUAGCUUGAGAGGUGUCAAGGAGCUGGAUCUUUCUCGAAACAACUUGUCUGGGCGAAUUCCAGAAUUCUUUGGGUCCUUUAGUUCUUUGCAGUAUCUAAAUUUGUCGUUCAAUGACCUUGAAGGCGAAGUGCCUAAGGAUGGUGUCUUUGGCAAUUCCAGUGAAACUUUUGUCCUUGGGAACAAGAGGCUUUGUGGAGGCGAUCCAAAGUUGCAACUACCACCAUGCUCAAUCGAAGCCUCCAAAAGAAACAUAUUCAAGAAAAUUAUCAUAAUCGCAAGUGUUGCAGCAAUCUUAUUCUUGUGUUUCCUGGUAAUUCUUUUGCAACUGAGGAAGGGACGGGAAAAAUCUCCAUCUGUGCCCUCCCUGGAAGACAAGUACAGAAUGAUAUCUUAUACUGAUAUCCUCAAAGCUACUGAUGGAUUCUCUUCAGCCAAUUUGGUGGGUACCGGAAGUUCUGGUUUUGUAUAUAAAGGGAAAUUGGAUGGUGAGGAGAAGUUCGUUGCUGUGAAGGUAUUUAACAUCCAACAAGUUGGAGCUCUGGAGAGUUUUAAAACCGAAUGUGAAAUCAUAAGAAAUGUUCGUCAUUAUAAUCUUGUCAAAAUCAUCACUUCAUGCUCAAGUAUGGAUUCUUCUGGUAAUGAUUUCAAAGCUCUAAUCUUCGAGUACAUGCCUAAUGGGAGUUUGGAAGAGUGGUUGCAUCCUAGAGCUCAGGAGUGUGAUCAGACAAGAAACCUAAACCUGACUCAGAGGUUGAACAUUGCCCUUGAUGUGGCUUCUGCGCUAUGUUAUCUACAUCACAACAUUGAAGUGCCAGCGAUUCACUGUGAUCUAAAGCCAAGCAACGUUCUUCUUGACAAUGACAUGACCGCCCAUGUGGGUGAUUUUGGGCUUGCAAGGUUCCUCUCUACUUCCGGCUCUACAACGUCCGAAAAGUCAACAAGCUUAGUGGGGAUAAAAGGAACGAUUGGAUAUGUUGCACCAGAAUAUGCAAUGGGUAGCCAAAUAUCCACACAAGGAGAUGUGUAUAGCUAUGGAAUACUAUUGUUGGAGAUGCUUACAGGAAAGAAGCCUACAAAUAACAUGUUUAAGGAUGGCUUAAACCUUCAUAAAUUUGUCGAUAUGGCUUUCCCAGAAAGUGUCAUGGAGAUUUUGGAUCCACAAAUUUUGCAAAAUGAGAGUGAAGAAGUUGAUGGCAAUAUUAGAAAUGAUAAUUUUAGUAGGAUGCAAUUGAGGAGAUGCAUAAUUUCAUUGAUUAGAAUUGGUCUCUUGUGCUCCAAGGAAUCACCAAAUGAACGACCAAGAAUGAGAGAUGUCACCACCAAGGUUCGUGUGGUCAAAGAAAUGUCAUCAAUAGUUGAAAUUAAUGAAGAGGGAGCAAAUUUGCCAGAAUGA